GAGUCCAGUUUUAUGUUUCAAUUCACUCGUUGUCUUCAAUUCAAGUUUGACGUGUCUUAAUUUCCAUUGAAUCAACGCGACGAACGAUAGCAACAAAUAAACAUCAAACGAAGAAUCACAUCAUUUCUUAAAUUGAUUUGAAUUCCAAAGCCUGGCGAGAAUAAAUAUUUUCGACUUUUAAAAGUAUUUCAUUCAAAGAAACCGACAAAAACUUGGUGGACAAUCCGAAUUUCCGAAUAAAUCGCAUCGAUGGUGUAAAUUUGUGUGGUUUUGGAAGCGAUAAAGACUAACAAGCAAGUAUUAAAACACCAAACGUGUGCAGAACAACAUACCAUUUGAGAUGAACGCGGAAUAUACAUAACUUAUGAUAGACAUAAAAAAAAGCAAUUUCAUCAUAAUUUUUCCUCUCUUUAACUGCAUUUGAAUUGGUUUUUGCAUACAUUUCGUUGUGUAUUUCAUAUCAACGGUGGUGGAAGACACACAAAAUCAAACAUAAUUUUUUCAAUAAAAGUGACCACAAGACGAAAGAUAGACAGAGAGUGCGAGUUAUAGAAACGACAAACAGGAAAAAACAGACGAAGAAAAAUAAUAGACGCAAGCAAACCAUUUGACCAUUUCAAAUGUGGAUAAGAAUUUGUGUUUUGUGAAUUAAGUCCAUUGAGCAGACAAUUCCAUUUCAAACGAGACGAUUUGUGUUUUCAUCGGUGGCGUCAAGUUGAUUUUUGUAUAGAAGUAGAUCCAUUCGAACCUGGUUUCAUAUUUACAGUGAAUGAAUACACCAAUUCACCCAUUUUACACACAAGUUUUCUGUGUAGCACAUCGCACUGUUGGUUACGUUUCAUCUGCGGAAAUUGUCGUUUGACCGAGCAAAUUUAUUAACAAACACAAACUACACAACACAUCUCGCUUCAGUUCGCUCAUUCACUUUCUUGACUCUAAGCUACGGCCCCACGGUUGCUGUUACUGUUGCUCGAUUCGUGUGUACGAAAGACCAAAACAAGUGCGACUCGGCGAAUCUUUGCUUGCCAAAGAGACGGACAUAUGGAGAAAAAAAAACAAUAAUCAUAAGUGAGUGAUUCAAGAGAGAGAGUGUAUUUGUGUGUGCAGUUAACAAAAACUGAGCAAAAAAUAAUACUGAAAACGAUUAUAAAAUAAAGUGGAAAAGAAAUCGUUGUAUCGCCAAAUUAAGAGAAAAAAAUUGUUUUUUUUUACGGACGCGCUGAAUUAAAAAGUGCUGUACAAAGAGACAUUAACAAAACAAAACGAACUAGAAACACAAAAAACAGUACAGUUAAAUAAUUUAUUGUCUGUGUGUAUUGUUUUUUUUCUCGCUGUUUGUCUUCUUUGCAUUUUGAUGUGACGCCUACAUUUAUUUCCUGUGCAUACAAAACAAUAAAAACGAUAACAAAACACACAUUGGACUGGCAUUUUAUAAACGGUGUGGCCGACAUUCAAGUGCAUUCACCGUCAUUGCUCUCUAGUUCGCGACCGUAUUUUAGUGGUUUUGACGUGUUGUUCUUUUUUAUAGUGCAGAAAGAGGAGACGACAGAGAAAGAGAAUUAUCAACGUUCCAAAAAGCCCAGUCAAUUAAUUGAUUAAGUCUCUUAUUUUCGUUAACUUUAGGCCCACUUAUAAUCAGUGAGCUGCCCGAUAACGACGACAUCAAUACGCAAGUAUUAUUGCUUGGGAUAACUCGUUUUGAAACGACGCCGUCGCCGGCAUCUACAAAAAAAUUAUUACCAUUAAUAUAUGGUGUUAACGCACAGAAAUUAACGCAUAGAGACGACAACGGCAACAACAACGACAACGACGACAACGGUCAUUGCCCAUCAUAUCAUAGCUCGUCAAUUGAUUCGGCUGAUUUGGCGAUAUAUCAAUCGAUCGAACAAUUGAACAAAACCACCGGAUGCUUUCCACUUGAGCGGCACAAGCCGAAAAAAGCCAUCAGUAGUAGUAAAGUGCCGUUGACGGCUGUGGCCAGUAAUGCAAAUUGUGCAUCACAACCGAACCAACUAAACGACCAGAAAUCGCAUCGAACCCAUUUCGAUCGAUUAUUUGACCGAUUCCAAUCGAAGAAAAUUCCGAAAAAACGAUCCGGUGUGAAUCAAACGAAACGUAAAAAUAGUAUCGAACAGAAAGCAUUCUAUCGUUGGUUACAUUUAAACCGAAACAAGCGAUUGGAACGAAACGCUAAAUGCUUGGAUGAUGAUGGUGGUGUUGGUUGUAUCGAUGAUCGGCAUUCAUUGCACCGCACACCUGUGAUACGAAAAUGUUCAACCAAAUCAAAUAGCAUAAGACGAAAAACGACCAAAAAAUCCAAUACAAAACCGACGAAAACAUCACGAUUCAGUAGCUGUAUACCAUAUUGUGUGACCGUCACCACCACCACCACCGCCACCGCAUCCUCGUCACGUAAUGAUUCAAUCGCUGGCAAUUCAUUAGCGUCAAGCCAUCGAUACACAGAAUAUUAUAGUAGAAAACAGAGUGGCGCUUCAGCGGCUGCAUCAAACGUCGUCGAACGACAUCGAUUAUUACCAACCGCUACAACAACAUCCAAUGACUGUUUAAUGCACUCCCAUUGUAAACCUAAUAAGCAUUUUAGCCCGAGUAACAAAAACACCGACAACAAUCACAAUAAUAACUGUAGUUUAUUUAAUAAUUUAAACAUAAUGGACAGAAGCGUUGAUUCGAUAGGCAGCUGUUCACUUGAUGUCGAUGCAGAAUCAACUGAUUUUUCAGAUACGAGUGGUAGUUUGAACGUAUGCACACCAUCGUCUGGAAAAGAUUUUACGCGUGAAUUUACGUCACGAAUCCAUGAACGCUGUCAAUUUCCCAAUCAUCCACUGAGUGGCCAAAAGUUGCAGCAAACAAAAACGGUGCUCGAUCCGAAUUCGGGUAAAAUAUCAACGAUUCUAUCGCCACAAAACGUUCCACCGACUGUUAAUUCGCCAACAACGCCCGUCAAAAAGCCGAGCUAUUUGAAUUUAGCGUGUUGCGUUAACGGUUAUUCAAAUCUCACUACAUACGAUUCGAAAUUUCGUCAAAGCAUUAAUAAAUCGAGAGAAGUAUCACCCAUUCGACCCAUUACAUACGCCGUACAAUAUAAUCGUAACGGUGGCAGUGACAACAAUUACCUCAGUGUGCCGGUCCCAGUUCCAAUUAAUGAUAACAACACCAUCACGAACACCACCAACACCAACAAAAUCAAUUUCAUGAUGGAUGCCCAUUCAAUUUUAGCGCCGGAAAAGCGGUAUUUUUCCACCACAACACAACAGAAAACCAUUGAAAUCAAUGGAACCAGUCAUGAUGUUACGGACAAUGUGAACAGCAAUGGGUGUGCCAAAUUCUAUACACGUUCCAUGCUACAACACACAACAACACCAACGACCACCAACGGCACGGGAAAUACAUCGUUGGCUCUGGUCCGUGAUGUAAAUCAAGAGUUUGAUGCAAAUGGAAAAGGAACGGCCAAAAGUUUCAUUCAACAACGUGUUGAACGUUUGUAUGGGCCGGGCGCUGUGACCCAGGGUUUGUAUAGUCCAAAAAAGCCAAAAUCCGAUGACAAUCAAGAAACAACAACCACACGAACGACACAAAUUUCAACGGUACUAGUGGAAAAAUCACAAAAUACCACAUUUCAAUCGACCAAAUAUGUGUUGGAAGCGCAACGAAAUGGUCAUCUCAACGGUUUGUCAAAUAAUCGGGCGGUGCACGAUGAUGAAAACAUCAAUUUGGAUUCAAUUAACGAAGCAUUACCGGUUCUACGUCAUUUGCGACCUGAAUUUCGCGCUCAAUUACCAACACUAUCACCAAAACGUACCAUAGCUAUUUCGAAGUUAACCCCUACAGCUGCUGCUGCAGCAGCAGCAGCAGCAGCAGCAUCAUCAUCGUCGUCAGUCGUAGCGACACAGACAACAUCGCCACAAACACAGCAGUCACAGUACACAAAUGGUGGUACAGCGGUCAACGGUAAACUAAAUAUUAGCACAAACAUUCUGAACAAUGUGAACAAACAAGUGUUGAACGGUGGUGUUGUAUCAUCGACGCCGUCACCAAACAUCAUCGACAACGACAACGAAAAUGUUGUCGACAACAACGACGAUGUUGACGACGACGACGACUCAAAUCGGAGCACACUUGACAUGCAAUCACACAAACAAUCAUUGUUAGCAUCCAAUGCACCGACAAAUACUACAACUAAAAAUGGCUGUCUAACCUCAAACAAAAGUCAUGACAUUGAAAUCGUCGACAGCAGCCAGAACGAGUCAACAACGAAAGGUAGCAACAUCGUUGCAACAACACAUUUAAACACGCAAAAUACAUCGAAUUUAUUGCCUGCAAACGUUGAUAAACCAAACGAUAUAAAUAAAAUGGCUAGCGAAAUAAGCGAUUUUCUAAUUGAAUCACCAUCAUCACCACAAAAUCCGGUGAAAAUUCAAUCAAUCGAUCAAAGUAGCAUCGGCGACGCGAGCAACGAUGGCAAUGAUACAAUGAAAUUAGCAGUGAACAACACAACAGUUACAUCGGUCGAAGCAAUGGAUGCAAAUGGAAAUCAUAAGACUGAUCAAAAGAAAGAUGGACUUUACUUUUUACACGUUGUGCAAAGUGAACGAGAUCGUCUAAUCAAUAUGGCCAUUGCUGCCGAAAAAGAGCUCGACGAAUUGCUACAGAAAGGUGGCGUUGAUGAGGAGAUUCUUGGCCAUUUACGAUCAGCUGCCGGCAAAGCAAGACUUUUAGCAACAAAGAAAUUCAAACAAUUUGAAGGAUUGUGUAAUGACAACAUAAACCAAAUAACACGUGAUAUGCCGCCACCAACAACGGCCGACCUGCAAGGUUUCUGGGAAAUGGUCUGCUUGCAAGUGGAAAAUGUUGACUCUCUAUACGUUGAACUUGAUAAAAUGCGCGCCAAUGGUUGGGAGAAACUGACGCAAGUUAAGCCAAAGCAACCGCAAGGAUCGAAGCUAACGAAACGACCAGUGGCCGGGGCAAAAUCGAGCACAUCAUCAGCAGCAACAACAACCGCAUCAGGAUCGAUAAAAAAGUCCGUUGCGGAUGCAAAACGUGAAGCCGCUGCGCAGAAACGUGAAGCUCAGCGAAAGCAAUUAGCCGAAAUGAGACGUAAAAAUAAACUGGCGAUGACAACGGCCGUCAAUGUACCCAACAGCAGCGAAAAUAUCAUCGUAGAUCAAGUAAUCGAAGAUACACCAUCACGUCAGUCAAAUAAUGAGGAAAAUAAUACGGAAAACGAAACCGACAGAUGAUUUCAUUCGAUCAAAAACCAACAUUUUAAUUGCUUAGAGCCGGACGCCUAGAAGCGUCCAAUUUUCUCCUUUUUUUUAUACUUUUUAAUUUUCUGUCGUCUAUUUUGUAGAAUUGAAUGUAUUUUGCUUGAAUCUCCCGUUCGCUGGCUCAAACAAAUGAUAAUGCUGGUUUUUGUCCGUUAAAAAGCCCAGAAAAAAACGCAUGCAAAUAGUUUUACAUACUCUAAUCAAUGCUAAUCAAAAAUAUACAACAACUAGAAGGAAGACAUUGGAAAUUAGGUAAUAUCAUACAAUAAUAACAACAAGAAAAAAACAGCAAAACAAAAACGAAAAGAGAAGGAAACAAAAACGAUUUGUGAUCACCACCACAUAGGUAUCCUCAGAAUAUUUAAGUGAAACAAGAAUUAAGCAUAACAAAACUGAUUUUCUAGAGAAAUUUGCUUGAUUUAAUUAGUAGAAAAGUGCGAAUUGUCAAUAACAACAAAAAAACAUAAUCUAUUUUUAAGUCAUCGAAACAUACACUGAAGGAAAGGAAAAACAAAUCUAUUUAUUUUAUUUGCAUUGUGAAUUGUAACGCGUUGUGAACAUAGAUUGAUAUUAACCACAUUUAGGUGAAACACAAAUCAAACUCAACCAAGUCAGGCAAAUUCAAAUAAUUUAGAAGAAGAAAGAAAGAAAGAAAAAAUCAACGAGCGAUAUUUACACGAAGGCAGUAGCAUCAAAACGAACGAGAAAAAUAAAACCACAAACACUUUACAAAGCUUGAUCAAAAUUAAUGAAAAUAACCGUUAGAUACGAAAUAGAAAGAGAAAAACAAACCUGAAACAAACAAAAAACAAACAAAUGAAAAAUCUAGUUUAGAAUGCAAUACUGUUAACAACGUCUUAUUCAAUUUUUUUUUUCUUUCGCUGAAUUCAUAUCGUACAUAAGUGCUAAAAUAAUGUUGCUAUGAUGAAGUAGAUUUGAAAAAAGAGAAAAUUGAUAUGCAUUAUAUUCGUUAAAAUGUGGUCACUGUUAAUGCUGUUUAUUGAAUGUUUCCAGCUUAUCCCUCCCUCUCUAUAACUCUUUUUACAUAUAUAUUUAUAGAUUUAAGACAUAAACUAUUUCCAUCGCUGGUCGUUCUCAUGAUUCAUUCUUGUGACUGUUUUGCAUCCUCCCUCGAAAAUUCGAUGACAGCGAUUUGAUUGAUUAAAGAGAGGGAGGGAGAGAGAUGAAAAUGAAGUAAAAGAAAAAAUUUAAGAAAAAUUUAACACAGUUUACACAAAUAGACAUAAACAAAAGACAUUUUAGCCGCUAAGUAUUUAAUUAUGAAGUUUGUUAACAAGAAGAAAAAAAAAUUAAUAAAAUAUUAGAAAAUGGCUCCCAA